CUCUUAGUAAAUAAACACAAAGGACAGCCGUGAUCAAGACUUGCGAAAAACGUGCUGUAAAAUUAACAAUUUUGGUUUCAUUUGAACCGGUUUUUGUCGCUUUUUCGAGCGCUUGUAGUCAAAAAUGGUUUUAGAAAUGCUUGGGAUAUUGUAAAACAAGAGAUAGGACAAGAGAGAUCGUUUUUUUUCUUGUUUCAAAUGGGCACUAAAUUGUCAAGUCCAAGUCACAAUAGACGAAAUCACCCGAAUUCCGUAACAGGGAACGAAGUCCAGAACGGAGGAGGAACGAAUAUUUCUAGACGGGGUAGAACUCGUUCUAUGGAAGUAGGAAACAGAGCACCAACAUCGAUUCCCAUACGGCAAAUGCGAUCGCUUGACAUAUCUGAUGACAACGAAACAAACGACAGCUUAAAUACGUAUUCCAUGCUUCAUACUAGAUCCCUACCUGGGCAACUUUUUGGCCUACACGGUAUAAAAUGCCCAGUUUGUUCAAAAUUCGUGCCGUCAGAAGAGGUUGAAAUACAUUUGGUGAUGUGUCUGACGAAACCGCAGCUUUCUUAUAACGUUGAUGUUUUAACCCAAGACUCCGGUGAAUGUGUUAUAUGUUUAGAAGAAUUACUUACUGGUGACAAAAUUGCCAGGUUACCCUGUCUUUGUAUAUACCAUAAAAGUUGUAUCGACAGUUGGUUUCAAAAGAAUCGUUCCUGUCCCGAACAUCCUUCGUAAAAGGUAGUCAUAUUUAUACGAAUCGAAUCACAUUUGACUGUGAAUGUCUUUAGUCAAAAAAGUGAUACUGAUGUUCGAAUUAAUUUGUACAUAUUUUGUAAAUAAAGAAACGUGGUUGUUGAUGUCAUUUUGAGAGAUGUUAACUACUGUUAAUACCACAACGAAUGAGAAUAUAGUCUUUGCACUUGUA